UUUUUACAGUCCUAUACCUUUACAGUUUCUCACUAUGGCGGCCGUCAACCUGGAGAACUCGCCCGAGCCCAGUAUCUGGGAGACCACUGUGGAGCAGCGUCUCAAACUCAUGAACGAAGCGCUUAAAGAAAACGAGGAAAUCAAUAGCCAACUUCCUGGCCUUCGCCAGGUUCUGACAGACUCUAUAAAGUCUGAUCAAAAUGAAGAAUUCUUCCGUAAUUUCAUUAAACUUUUUGACCAACCGGAAUUAGGGACUUACGAAACGGUCAUGGAGAAAUUCCCUGAACCUGAGCAAAAGAUCGUCUUAGACUUUGUCGAGGGUACUGCACUUGCAGAUCUUCCGGAAAUCGACAGGGUCGUUGGUGUAAUCGACUUAGACUCUGCCUCGGAAGACAACGGUGAUAUUGAUUCCCAUCGUACAAGAUCCUGGUUAUCAGAGCCUUUUCGCGACGAUCCAUUUGUCAAAGAUCUUCGCCAAUUUCUCACCCAGAGCGGAGGGAAUAAUGAAGAGGUUCAGAUACACAAGAAUGAAACGUUUAAGAACUGGGGAAAUAUGAGGAACGUGGAGUAUACACCGAGCUACACAUGCGUCCCUUCCACUCUUCGUGGAGUGCAAGCCAUCGUAAAAGCAGCAAAAGGCCAAAAUUGGGGAGUUCGUUGUGCCGGGUAUCGCCAUUCAUGGGCCCCCAUUUUCGGUCGUAGUGAAACAGCAGGCCAAGUGUUGGUAUCUCUUCUGCCUAUCAAGCAUGUCACCAGCAAGGUCGACUUAACUUCUUUAGGAAUCUGUUUGCCACCAACGAAUGAGUUACGAAAAAUCGAGGUGAAGGGAGAAGUUGGUGAGCUGGAUAACGGUAACACGCUGGUACGUGUAGGUGCAGGUGUUACCAACGAGGAGCUUCGACGCUGGUGUCUGCAAAACGGGCGAGUUACGCUUCCUUUGAACGUCAUCAUGGUGGAGAUAACAGUUGGUGGUGCAAAUGCGCCAAUUUGCCAUGGGGCUGGGAUUGAAAAUAAGACACUGAGUGACUUGGUUCGCAAGAUCGAAUACGUUGAUUGCCACGGCCAGCCGCGAACUGUGAAUGAUGAAGAGGAGUUGAGAGCUGCAGCUGGGUGUUUUGGGCUUAUUGGGGUUGUGACACACCUCACACUUGAGUUCAAGCCCAUGAGCAUUGCCAGGAUGCAGCCCGAAAAACUACCCGUUAUCCGUGCGGUGCCACCGCCUGAUGGCUGGCUCGAGGAAGAUAUUCCGAUAGCAUUGCGGUUACCUGUGACAGCAGAGCAACGCGAAGCAGACAUACGACAAUUUGAGAGCCACUGCGAAAACGAUUACUACGCGGAAUGGUUCUGGUUCCCCUAUCACGAUCAGGUAUGGGUUAAUUGCUGGAACACAAUACCACAGGUUGCAAACGUCCAGUCAUUCCCCGGUCCCUACAAAGCAGCCAAGCAAAUAGUUACGCAAUCCCUCCUCAACAUGUUACAGUCAACACCAGCGCUAAAGGAGCUCUUCCGGUUACCCAAAGUCACUGGCGGCCUCAUUACCCUGCUUUCCAAGGUGGCCAUGGAUAGUCUACCAAACGAGCCGAUUGAAACUUAUUUACCAGAAGCACUCCAUUUCCAACGAGGUAUUCAGAACCUCCGAGUUCUGGAUCUUGAGGUUGAAAUACCCAUCCCUGGGAAGAAGGACAAGCCUACGGCCCGAGACCUAAACGUGGUGCGAAAAGCGUGGUGGGAUGCCAUCCGUGAGUGUUAUCAGGCGACUGAGAACACUCCGCAGCAAAUGCCGUUGGAGAUGCGGAUUAUGGGUGACAGCGACGUCAUCAUGGCUCCCCAGCGAGGCAAUAAGCUAGGCACUUGCUCCAUCGAAAUCCUCACCUUGGAUGCGGCCAGGGGAACCUGGAACCCGUAUGCGCAACGAGUUCUGAACAGAUGGAUGAGCUACACGGAUUCCAACGGCGAUUUACUAGCCACACGACCGCACUGGGCGAAACAAUGGACCGAAUUUACCGUCCGCGGCGAACUGUGGAGAAAGAAGUUGCGACGGGAUUACGAGACGCAGAUCCGCGAGUUUAGGGGCCUACUCAGACAAAUUGGCAAACGAGACCAGUGGACGUUGGCCGAUUUGGAACAACGCUUCUCCAAUGACCUCCUUGAUCACUUGUUCUUUACUGGUAGAACGGAAGAAGAAUAGAACUUUUGCGGUGUCUAUGGAAAUGAGUGGUCAUAUGGGCAGAGUAAUAUCAUUACUCUCAUGUACUCCGUCUUGUGCAUACAACUGAGUCUAAGCCAUGUUCAGGACAAUAUUAGGUACUUUUUCUGGAUGCCACUGGAAAGUGAUAGAUGUAGUAAUGGCGGAGCAGUAGCAGACGAUGGUUGUGAUUGAGAAGUUGGAUGGAUGUUUAAUGAGGAGCAGGCGCUUGCAAUCGUUCGCUUCGCCGCUUCGCCAAGUAUGUAAAAUAUAAAUUCAAAUGAUCAUUUAGGUACUUU